AUGUCCUCAGACAAAAAGCGCAAACGGUCCUCCACCGUCCUCCCCGACAUCAAGAUCACCACCGCACCCACCACCGACACCCCCCCCAUCGUUGCCACCACCCACGGCAUCACCCUCCCCCCCACCCUCCCUUUCACCCCCUACGCCCGCACCAUCACAAACAGCACCAAAAAGGCGCGCAAGUCCGAGCACCUCCUCCACGGCUCCACCCAGCGAAUCGACUACGAGGGCCGCGAGCUCCCAGAAGACUCCGACUACCACCGCUACUACGUCGGCAUCUUCGACCCCGCCACAAACACUGUUGAGCUGCAUGCCGCGCCCAAACUCCACUUCUCGCGCACAAUCAAGGCGCACGCUGAGCGCGACCGCGAGAUUGACGGGAAGGGCAUUGUGCUGAACAAUGAAGAUUCCCGCGCCGCCCUCGGCCGCCAAUUCGGUACCAAGAAGGCGCAAAAGGCCCUGUUGUCCCGCGAGAUGAACAAGAUCGACAUCAGCGACAUGGACAAGACUGUGACCACCUCCAUCAUCUCACAGGUCGAGGAAAACACCAAAGACAUGCCCACUUCUGCGCAGCUCGGCACGCAACAACUCGACCUACGACCUAUCCCGCCCGCAAACAAGGACGCAACCCGCCCAGAGGACGUCUACAACCUCGACGACAUCAUCCCCAAGGAUGAAUGGGGUGUCCUGUGGGUGCGUGAGUGGGAGAAGAGCACCGGUAGCAGCGAGGAUGUAAAGAGUAGCACAAAGUCGCGCUUCGUGGCUACGCGCGUUGCAAAGCUCCUCGCCGCUGCGGCGGCGACGGGGCGAAGUGGGGGCGCGGCAUUGACGCGCAGCUUGAAGCUGCUGAAGUACAUUGGGUACAUGAUUGAGUUCUACCUAUUCCAGGCGCAGAGUAGGGGGCGGCUGCCGAACAUGACGAAGGCGAAGAAAGCGCUGGGGCUAGAUCAGGUGCUGGUGGAGGGGCUGUAUAGGAGGUUUGCGGAGACGACGACGUCGGGCGAGGGCGGUGAGGCGAGAUGGGCGGUGAGUCCGUCGUUGUCGAAUAAGCUGCUGUACUAUCUGGCGGUGCUGUGCUUGAUGGCGGACUUUUGGGAGGUGGAUUUGUAUGAGCUGAAGAUUGACUUGGGGAUGCAGAUGCGAGAAAUAACGGUGGCAUUCAAAGAAGUUGGGUGCAGCGUCAAGGAGUACUCAAAAACUCAGUACCUCGACAUGAAGAUGACCAAGGCCGAAGCCACACAGCACAAGCGCGCCGUCCUCAAGAUCCCACUCGAGUUCCCCAGUGCGCCGCGGAGACGGGCUGCUGGCGGGUCGAGGAGGUAA